CGAAUAGUGUUGGUGGGGGGUAAGACGUUUGGGGUACGGCAUUGAAAGCUACAGCGAACGAACCAAGAAUUCUCGCUACUGAGCCGCCGUGCGCCUCCCCCACCGGACACGCUAACGUGCGCCACCCCAAAUAGCUAGGGUUUUUCCGCGCCCUCUUCUCUCCCUCUUGGGAGGGGGAGCGAUCUCUCCUUCCCUUUGCUUGAGGGUUUAGCUGAGAGAUGUGGGAUGCCGGGGGGACUACUGAUGAACCUGCUGUCCCGCUGCUGGCGCCCGACUGCCGGUGGUGGUGGAGGCGAUGAGGGACGUGAUGGUUUGUUGUGGUACCGCGACCUUGGUCGAUGCUCCGCCGGGGAGUUCUCUAUGGCCGUCGUGCAGGCCAAUCAGGUCCUCGAGGACCAGAGCCAGCUUGAGUCUGGGACCCUGGGAACUUUCGUCGGCGUAUACGAUGGCCAUGGCGGACCUCACGCCUCUCGAUACGUAUGCGACCAUCUCUACCGCCACUUCCGAGAAAUUUCUUCUGGGCCACAGGGGGUGACACCUGAUGGUCUUCGAAGAUCCUUUUUAGCUACCGAGGAAGGUUUUAUAUCUCUUGUUUCCAAUCUCUGGGACACUCGACCUGAUUUGGCAACUACAGGUACAUGCUGCCUUGUUGGUGUCAUCAACCAGGGAACUCUCCACGUGGCGAAUGCUGGUGAUUCCCGUAUUGUACUUGGAAAAAAGGUUGGAAAUACAGGCGGGAUUGCUGCAAUCCAGUUGUCCGUUGAGCAUAAUGCCAAUUCAGAGGAUGUGAGACAGGAACUCAAGGCACAACACCCAAAUGAUUCCCAGAUUGUUGUUCUGAAACAUGGAGUUUGGAGAAUCAAAGGCAUAAUACAGGUAUCUAGAUCCAUAGGUGAUGCAUAUAUGAAACAUGCGCAGUUUAACAGAGAACCAAUCAAUCCAAAGUUCAGAAUUCCUGAACCCAUAAAUAAGCCUAUCCUGACUGCUGACCCAUCCAUUGUAUCUUAUCCUCUUCAACCAAGUGACUCUUUCGUCAUAUUUGCUUCAGAUGGUCUGUGGGAACACCUGAGUAAUGAGCAAGCGGUUGAGAUUGUUCACAAUCAUCCCCGUGCUGGAAUUGCUAGAAGGCUCAUAAAAGCUGCUCUUAGGGAAGCAGCUAGGAAACGAGAAAUGCGAUAUUCAGAUCUGAAGAGGAUCGACAAGAAGGUUCGCCGCCACUUUCAUGAUGAUAUAACAGUUGUUGUUGUAUUUCUGAACCAUGACCUUGCUGCUAGAGGUUACUCCCAUGGACCAACCGCGUCAGUAAGAAGCUUAUUAGAGCAUUAACAGCAUAUGAAACCUGUUUCCUUUCAACAACAAGAAGGUCCAUUCUCGUUAAGUGUUUGAUCUUCAGAGUCAUCAGAGAUGGACACUGGGAAGGAAGAUGGUCCUCUGAAACCACACUAAGCAGAGAUCGAAUACCUGUACUAAAAUAUGUUGUUAUACAGGGUAUUUUCAGCGACAAGGACUUGCGGUGCACAAGUCAUUGACCGAAUACUGUUUAUGAAGAGCUGAGUGAAGAAACUUGUGCAUUCCCUUUCAGAUUUACAUUCCAUUGUAGAUUCUUGUAGUUUGUGAGAAUGUAUGUUGUAUUGAGGUGGGGGGGAAAUACCCUUUUUGUGUUGAUAGGUAGAGAAACCUUCAAAAAAACAACCAUGUAUUUGUAUUUUUGAUGAAAUUGUUAUCAAUUACUCUUGAUCAGGAAUAUGGUUGAUUGCUAUUUUGGCUGUGAA